AUGAAGCAUAUCCAACUGGACACCCUGUUGGAUCAAUUAAGGAAUCUUGAACAGAAACAUCAAGCAACACCCGACAAUGAGACCUAUAAGAAACUGGAAGUGGUUCGGAGGAACAUCCGCACGCUACUACUGGACGAUACCGCUCAAUCCAUGAUCUGGACAAACGAACCUUUUACGAGAAAUCCAAUAAGAUGGACUCACUCCUAG